AGGUUUUACUCUCCGCAAGACAGCGCCGGAUUUGGGAUUUCGCCCGGAUAACUUGGAAUAGCGGCGUUGGAUUUGGACCACUUUUCCAACCCCCUUUUUUUUUUUUUGUCGCGCACCAUGGCCAAUUCUUGCGUGCAGCUGUGUGGCUUUCUGCUCAGCUGCCUGGGCUGGCUGGGCAUCGCGAUCGCCACGGCCACCAACGACUGGGUGGUCACGUGCAAGUACGCCCCGCACACCUGCAAGAUGAUGGAGCAGCUGGGCGUCAGGGGGCCGUGGGCCGAGUGCGUCCUUUUCACUGACCUCUACCAGUGCUCCACGUACUUGCAGAUCCUCGACCUGCCCGUCUACAUCCAGACGACCCGUGCCCUGAUGGUCACGGCCUCCAUCCUGGGCCUGCCCGCUCUCGUCAUGCUCCUCAUGUCCAUGCCCUGCAUCCGCCUGGGCAACGAGGCUCAGGCCUCCAAGAACAAGCGCGCCGCCAUCGGCGGCUUCGUCAUGAUCGUCGUCGGACUGUGCGGGCUGGUGCCCACCGUGUGGUUCCCCAUCGGCGUGCAGCCCAGGGAAGAUCUGCUGUCGUUCGGCUUCUCGCUGUACGCCGGCUGGGUGGGCGUGGUCUUAUCCCUUUUGGGCGGCGCCAUCCUGACCUGCUGCUCCUCGCCGGCGUCGCCCCGCCCGUACCAGGACAACAACCACUUCUACUACUCCAAGUCGGGUGUGGACAACGUACCGGCAGCCGCCCCCGCGGCCAAAGCCGCCUCUUCCAACCACGCCAAGAGCGCCCACGUCUGAUGGACCUUUGAGUUUCCUAAGAUCCCAGGUUUUUUUCAGGGCGAGAGCCUUUGGACUUCCUCUCUGUGGACAAAUUUUGAUUAAUCAACUAGAAUGUUGAGAAUUGUUGAGAGUCGCCAAGCCGAAACGUUCCCCCCCCCCCCCCCCCCCCAAAAAAAAAUGCUAGUUACUACAACUGCAGCCCCUCUGAGAAAAAUCCUCGGCCCCAGGCCACCCCCGAGUAAAAUUGGUCUAGAAACGCCACUGUUUGGGGCCGAGGAACUAUGUUGAAGUGAAAAACUUCAUUUAGUCAAUAGAUAUGUGUUUUGCUGCCAUCUUGUGGCAUCUAUAAUCAAUUACAAACAUUUUUGCAUGGGUGCGAAUUACUCCCCCCCCCCCCCCAUAAAAACAUAUUUGCUAUGAUAUUUGUGUAUGGUAUAUAUAGAUGAACAUAUCCUUUUACUAACGCACAGUUUUACAUUUUAUUAGGUCAGCUCUCUCAAACGUCGAGUCAGUGUUCCAAGACCCUCUCUUUGUGGCUAUUUAUUGUUUGUAUGCACUCUUGUUUGGAUUUUCGAUAAUAAAACGAUUUCACAAAGCAAA